AUGGACGGCCCAGACCAAAUCGGCCCCGAUUAUACGCCUCAACGCACAUUUGCCGACAAAGUGCGAUAUGCCGUGAAGACUUUCACCACGCGAGAAGGUCUAGUCGGUGAUUACGACUAUGCAUACCUCUUUAUCCCACGACUACCGUUCACAAAGCGAGCCCGCAAAUCGGCCCCGUUCUUCGGUCUCGAUGAUCGCGUUCCAGUCGUUCUCGCAUUGAUUCUGGGCUUACAACAUGCGCUGGCAAUGUUAGCUGGUGUGAUUUCACCACCCAUUUUGCUCGGCGGCUCAGGCGGUGCCAAUUUCGGGGAUGAGCUCUACCAAUACAUGGUGUCGACUUCAUUGAUCGUCUCCGGCCUGCUGAGUGCUAUCCAAAUGUUCCGCCUCCAAAUUAAGGGAACCAAAUACUUUAUCGGAACUGGAUUACUAUCAGUCGUGGGUACAUCUUUCUCAACCAUCACAGUCGCCCAAGGCGCCUUUUCCCAAAUGUAUAAAUCGGGCUACUGUCCCACCCUCGAAGAUGGAACGCGACUCCCUUGUCCAAAAGGCUAUGGUGCCCUCCUCGGUACCUCAUGUCUCUGCUCCCUCCUCGAAAUCGGCAUGUCUUUUCUGAGCAGCAAGAUCCUCGCCCGCGUCUUCCCUCCACUCGUCACCGGACCGACAGUUCUCUUGAUCGGUGCUUCGCUCAUCAAGUCCGCCAUGCAGGAUUGGGCCGGUGGCGCAUCCUGUGGGUUUGACCCGUCCGCCCGUGCAAUGUGCCCUAACGCCAAUGCCCCGCACCCACUGCCCUGGGGAAGCCCUGAGUUCAUUGGACUGGGAUUCCUGGUCUUUGUGACAAUCAUCGUCUGCGAGCGGUGGGGUCCUCCGAUCCUGAAGAGUUGCUCCGUCAUUGUUGGUCUCUUGGUUGGCUCGAUCGUCGCGGCCGCGUGCAACUACUUUGAUAAUUCCGGUAUCACUGCUGCACCAGUGGCUUCUUUCCCUUGGGUCCACACCUUCCCGCUGUCGGUGUACCCCCCGCUCAUCCUGCCGUUGCUUGCGCUAUACAUCGUUAUCAUGAUGGAGUCAAUUGGUGAUAUUACGGCGACCUGUGAUGUCUCCCGCCUCCAGGUCGAGGGUGGUACCUUCGAUUCCCGCAUCCAAGGUGGGGUCUUGGGUAACGGUAUCACCUGUCUCUUGGCCGGAUUGAUGACCAUUAGUCCCAUGUCCGUCUUUGCGCAGAACAACGGUGUGAUUGCGCUGACAAAAUGCGCUAACCGCAACGCUGGCUACUGCUGCUGCUUCUUCCUGGUUAUCAUGGGUAUUUUCUCCAAGUUCGCCGCUGCGUUGGUUGCAAUCCCCAGCCCCGUCCUUGGUGGUAUGACUGCUUUCCUCUUUAGCUCGGUGGCAGUGAGUGGUCUGCGCAUCAUCGGGAGUGUCGAACCCACUCGUCGCAACCGGUUCAUCUUGACAGCUAGUUUCUCCAUUGGAAUGGGUGUCACACUCCUGCCGGAAUGGUUCAGCUACUUCUUCACCUACAAGGGUGACAACCAUGCCCUCGAAGGCCUGAUCAAUGCUGUCGAUCUGGUCAUGGAGAAUGGGUUUGCGAUCUGUGCGCUUCUCGGCAUCUUCCUCAACCUCUUCAUUCCCGACGAGCCUGAUGAUGUUCCUGCCAUCUUUGAGUCGACCGAGUCGGAUGAUGGCCGUGUACAAAUCAACACUCCCGAGCAGUCGGAGCCUAUUAAGACUGCUUGA